CGACAAUCCGGGGAAGUAUGCACGCACACGUAUAUGUACGAUGGCAUUCACUUUAUUAAAAAGUAUUGAACAUAUUUAAAUUUUGUAAAAAUAAUGCUAAGGUGGUUAAAAGACAUAUACAGUAUUCAAUAUACGAUUUUUACAAGGUGACCAAAAAUAGUGCUUAGUUGGAAAGUGUCACAUCACAAUUAAUGACGUGGAUUUAGGUUAGGUUAUGCACAACGUUACAAUUGUUACCUGAAUCUUAUGAAAAUAUUAUCACAAAAAUAAUUUAAGACCUUAUUGUAAAACAGCAAGUUACAAAUAAUGUUCGAAGUUUCAGAUACGCAAAAUUUUAUUUAUAUCUGGAUUAGCAUGUGUUAUUGGACCAAAGAGAACUCUCAGCUUUUUUUUUCAAAGGCACAAGAUAAAAGCUAGUGCUUCAUUUUUAGGAGGCAUUAUUAUAGUUCUUAUGGGUUGGCCUAUUGUAGGUAUGAUCAUAGAAACCUAUGGUUUUAUAUUAUUAUUCAGUGGUUUCCUCCCAGUUGCAAUAAAUGUUUUACGGAAGGUACCUGGUUUAAAAAUCAUUUUAAAUUUACCAGGCAUAUCUCGAAUGUUAGAUUCGAUUGCAGGAGAUCCAAAUAGAACAACCGUAUGAUAUGUUUCUCGAUAUGAUCACACAAAUCAUUGUAUAUAAGAUCCACUAUUUUAUAUUGAGCCAAAUUUUCCUUCUGUAAUUUCUCAGAUCUCUUUUUGUAUUGUAUAAAUGUCAUGUAUAAACAAAGUUCAAUAUAUCUUCUAUAUAUUCAAUUUAGAAAUAUCGUAUAGAAAUAAUAUAUAGAUUUCUUAUUUUCAUAUAAACUACUGUAUUGCUGCAAGGAUUAUAUGUAUGUUUUAACAUUCCAAAAAUAUUACAACCUUUCAAGCAAGUUGGAAAUCAAAAUUAAAGAAAUAUUUUUGUUUAAAAUUAUUUAUAAAUUAAUUUACUGUAUCAGUAUAUUAAUGAAGAUAAGACUCUUACUUUGUAUUUGGAAUGUUUGUAAUAAUGAUAUAUUGUAUGAAAGAUGAAAUAUAACACGUGCAUGUCACUAUUCCUUCAUGAAAAUAUAAUUUUACUAUAUAAAAACAUAUGUACA